GCAUGACAGCAUUACAUUGAUACGCAUCUCCCGAUGACCCAUCCCAUAGCUUCGUACGUCGACAUUUUCGCCGUGCCCGCUGCAAAGAAGGGCAAAAUCUUUCACGUUCAAAGGGCAGACAUUUUACCCUCAGGUUCGGACCGUUCAGCAUAUCGCGGCGACACGCUGCGACUCUCCCCGUCCGGUCGGGCGCUCCUAGCAACGACGCGCGGCAAGACUUCUUCCGUGCGGGGAUACGUUCGUGCUUGGUCGUGGGACAGCACGGGUUCGCAAGUGGAGGGAUUGGGAGCGGCAGGUCCGUUGGGCGAGGUUCUGCACACGUACAGCACGCCCACUUCGGGCGGGAAAGCCAAUGCGAUCGAAUGGGCGCCUAGGUACUCUUCUUCCCUCGCGCUCCAUCGCCAUGCUCCACUCACCACGGCGCAAGAUUCCUCCUCUUUCCCCAUCUCGUCUGCCCAAUCUGGAGAGCAGCAAAACAGCGAGAUGCAGGAAGAUCAAGAAGAGGAUUGGGCAGUCUUGACGGACGAUGAAGAGGGACAUGUGCUGGUGCUGCGCUGGACGGGAAAAGAUCUGGAGGAAGUGUCGAGGGUCACUCUUCGAGGUGCAUACGGUGGCGAAGCGGGCAAGGAAGAGGGUCAACAGGUAGGAGCUAGCCAUGCCAUAUGGCUCAGCUGAUUUCCUUAUCAAACGUUGUAUGGCUCAGUUGAUUUUCUUAUCAAACGUUGUACGCAGCAUAGAUUCCCCGCUUGUGCGCCCAGAUCGCAUUGGCAUCGUCCCGACU